CGAGACAGUCUGUCCAGUGUAAAGUACGAGGCCGGUUCUGAGGCCGGUGAUGAAGUGAGUAUGGCCAUAGAGUGGAGUGGGGACAGCGGUGGUGUGCUGCAGCGCAGUGGAUCUCUCGGGCGUCUCAGAGACGUGCUGCGCAGGAGCAGUGAACUCCUGGUGAAGAAACUGCAGGGCAACGGACCUCCAGAUACACACAUCACUCAUAUGAAGCGUGCCGCCUCACUCAACUAUCUGAACAACACCAGUGAUGACUAUCAGAGUCUGGGUGACAGACAGCUGAGAGAGAGUCGAGGUUUGAGCUCCAGUAAUGUGGAUCUGUACAGCAGCAGCAGCUAAAACCCCUCAACAGUGUUCCUCACUCAACCAAACCUUCAUAUCUCAGUGAUAUACACCAGCAGCUGAAAACAACCCUUCUGUGCCAGCCUUAAAGCAACAGUGCACCCAGAAAGAACUCUCUAAUUGUUUACUCACCCACAUGUCGUCUCACACUUGUGUGACUUUCUUUCUUCUGUGGAACAUGAAUGAAGGUAUUUAGAAGAAUAUUUCAGCUCUGUAGGUCCAUACAAUGCAAGUGAACUUUGAAGCUCCAAAAAGCACAUAAAU